GUAAACUACCAAUGACUGGAAUACUAUCGUCAUCCCCGACGGUCCUACGUCACCUUUGGGUCAGCAACCGUGACGUGGCUUUCACCGAGCACGCUGAUCGCCAUAAGUGUCGCAAUUUCUUGCAAUCGAUCAACCGCUUUCGUUACGGGAUUAAAAAUAACUUGUAGAUGAAGAUGCAAAGAGGACUCGCGAAUUCGUUGACGAACGGAAUUUCUGCGGAGGUAGCCCAGAUCGAGAUCACGAUACUUUCCAUCUCGAAUCACGCAGUCAGCAUUUAACGAACGUUCCACGUAAAUAAUGUAACGGCGAGAACAUAGCCUGGGAAACGGUGCCCGAUACCAGGCGAACUCCGCGUUCCAUCGAAAAUUCCGUUCGUUCGGUUCUCAGAGCGCACACAAGUAAGUGUUCGCGUUUGUGGCUGUCGGUGCACGUGCGCGAGAGCGCCCUCCGGGGUGAAGGGGGAAGGUUAUCGAUGGCGCCUCGCAGAGAAGGAGAGUAAAGAGAGAAAGGAGAAGAGAGGGCGCAAACGAAGAAGAAGGAGGUGGAAAGGAGAUAGUUCAGGCACGUCGCACACAGGUAAAACCGUAGGUAUAGCUAGCGAUGGGACUAACACCGUUUCGAUGAUUUCUCACUACGAGCUUUAACACUUAUCAUGGAUAAUUAGCGGUAGAUAGCUUUUUUUAACAGUUCUUCUACUUUUAGAUGAUCAAACUUCAAAAUGCUCCCGCACGAGUAUUGAUGAGAUGGCUACUAACGCAGACUAGAUCCACUUCAGGAACUUUAUAUGCAGAUAUAAAAAAGCAGCAUAUUAGAAAAAAGCAAAGCAUCCAAAUUAUCACUCGCUCUCGACACUCUUUGUCGCGCGGUAGACUUGAUGUGAGCUCGUGAGCUAUAGGUAACAGCGAAUCUGACGGCAACUUAAUCGCCAUUUUGGUUACCACUUUGGUAUCCAAUUGCUUGGUACCAUUGUUACGUAUCACGUUAGUCCCAUUGCUAGGUGCAGCCGAUACGUUUGUGUUGCGCGGGAGCGAGAUAGUGUGGACCGCGUGCCGGAAUACGCCGGCAGUCAAUGGUGGGGAGAAAACGUGAAUGAUCCAUAGAAGUUCGUAAGGUUGUGUGGUCCAGGCGAGGAGCGUGUGUCGGCCUGUACAGAGCAGUGUACCGACGAAGGAGAACUGAACAGUGUGGAACGGUGGGAAACGUCAAAGGAAUGGCGGGGAUACGCGGCAACCAGAGAAGUGGGGUGCGGGUUGGCGGUCGGUGGUUCGGAAAUGGCCGCGGGAAAGUAGAGAGCGUUACGUCGUCCGGGGCAGGCGAGCCAAAGAUUUUCGGUGUGCGCGGUGUGCCCUCGUUAACCCGGCGCUUCGGGCGAUUUUCACCAAGGCACUCGAACGCACUGGCGAUGUUCUAAAGGGUACGUUAACACGGCCACGAGGAUUCCUCCGUAGGUGUGCGAGCAUCUCGUCGACGAGAGUCGGUGGCCAGACAGCCGGUGCCUGGAAGAGAUCAGUGCGGGCGGUUGUACACGAGGAUGGCCGGCGACGACGGUGCACCACCGAACAAUGAGAUCCUCGACGCGGUCGGAGAGGGGCAGGGUGCGUCAGUGCGGGGGGAACCACAUUCCAGAGUGGGCGGCAUCCUGGAAUGCGAUCCCCCCGGUAACAGGAAUUCGCCGAGCGAGCGAGCCUGCAACGACCACGACGACUGCGACGACGGAAGCGGUGAAACUGUGAUCGCCGACGACGAUUGUAACAACAGCGCCGUAGCCGUUGGAACCGUGAUUGGAGACGAUAACGGCGGUCUGUGCCGAUAUGCUAUCGGCACCGCCAAUACCGCUAUGUCUUUCAUCGAAGUUUGCCAGAUUCGUCUGCAACAUCUCUUCCCGCAAUUAGUUUCAUCCUCUCAGCGCUACAGCCUUUGCGAGGACUCCAUUGAAUUCACGGCGGAAUGUUUGGCGAACGAUGUGAUACGAUAUCUGUUGAAAGAAGAUAUUUAUCUUAUAUCGCGUGACCCGGUCUCUAGGAGUAUGAGACACAAUGUGUAUCAGAUGCUAAACAAACACAGUAUCCUAUUUGCGAGUAUGGUGAACCGUUUGAACGUCGUACCGGACACGGCGUACGAAGCGUUCAUGGGAGUCGCGGAUGAGCUCUUUUUACACGGUGGAGUUACAUGGGCAAGAAUCGUUUGUUUGUACGCAUUUAUGGGCAGACUCGCUCUCUGGGCACGGGACAGACGAAUGCACGCUCUGAAGAAGAAAUUACCGCUGUACGUCUCCAGAUUUAUUGGCGAAAAAGUUGCGCAUUUUAUCAAAGGAUACGGAGGAUGGGAUCAGCUGUGUAUAGAAUAUCCCGUGGCAGAAGAGAUUAGCGGAGCGAUCUGGAGGAGUCUUCUGAUGACUGGUGCCACACUUGGCUUGGUUGCAACAAUUUUAACUGUAACCUCCUGAUACACACUCACAGAUCAAGUCGCACAGGGUACGUUUUACGCGAGACCUUUUAGCGUACUUAUAUUCUACCAAAAUGCGUUUAAAAACAAUUUCCAAGAGUUUGUACGACGCUUUUCCAUUAACAUCGAAAAUGGAAUCGUGUGAUUCGAAAGUUAAUCUUUCGUAUGCAUUCCUAAUGAAUGCGCGAUGUGUAAAUUCAGCGUCGGCCAUGCAGUAUGUACAAUCAUCGUACUAAUAUCACACGAAUUACAAACAUCGUACUUUUUUUUUUAUGAUAAUUGCAAGAAAUAUUUAAACGAGCGAAGGAUAACGAUGAAAGUUCCCUAUUAUAUUCGUAUUGUGUAAUAAUCGCAGCUCGUUGGACUAGUUGAAUUAGUAAAAGAAAAUCUUAUUUAACGUUAAUCUAGAUAUUUUAUCAAAAUAAUUUUCAUACGAUACUCAAAAUUUGACGUUUCAGAUAUUUAUGUCGAACAAGAAUCUCAAAAUUAUAUUGAAUUUAGGUAGAAGCAAUCUAAGUAUAUUUAUUUAUAAUUUAUUUUAGGUAGAAAAUAUAUUAAAUAAUAAAUUUCCUUGUCGUUCGAAGACCAUCGUGGACGCUUAGAAUUUAUAAAAAGCGAUCCAUGUGACAGUGCUCGUUAAAUAUAUGGUAAACAUCUUUAAACAACAUUGAAUAUUAUAUGCGGUAGCUUCUAAUAACAUUGCAAAAAAUUUAUAUAAGUAUUCGGAGAUAAUAAACGUUUCUACAAAAUAUCAAUUUUCUUAGUGGUAUCAAUUAUUUUAUGUACCUGUAACAAAAA